GUUGUAUUAAACUUUAAACAUUGCCAUAGUAACCACUUACCAAUGUGAAUGUAAGUACUGGAUACUGCAUAUUUACAUAAUAUUAUUAUUAUAAGUGCAUGUAAAUAUCAUAUGGGGUCUUGUCUUAGUAUUUAUUUUUUUUAAGGGUGAAAUGUCCAAAUCUGAAAUGGAUAAUAUUGAGACAGAAAAUUAUAAAUUAAGAGACAAACAAAAAACAUUAGAAAAUGAUAAUGAUAUUGAAGAUAUUCAUAGAGAUAAUAUAUGCAUUGAAAAUCCAACUGAAUUUACAUCAAAUCUAUAUGAAUCACAAGAUAAUAAUAAAAGUUAUGAUCUUAUGGCAAAAGAACAACUUGAAAAUAUAUUCAAUCAUCAAUCUAAUGUAAUGGAUUCAACUUCACCUACAGAAUUACUGCAUUUUGAAGAUAUGUCAUCAGAAUCAGAAAAUCUAGUUAAUAAUUAUUAUUCACGUGCUCUAGAAAUAGAAACAGAAACAUCCAAAAAGAGUUCAGAUGAUACAUCAUUAGAGUUUGAAAGGAUAAAUAGUGAGAUGACAUAUGUAACCCCUAAAUCCAUAAAUAAAGAAAUAUAUAAUAGUCAACUAAUUGUACUAGAACCAAAUAAUCCCGUUAUGGUAAGAUUUCAGAAGACACUGAAAUUACAUUUAUUAAAGCAAAGAGAAAAUAUCAAAAAAGAACUACAAACACUCGAUGGCUCAAUUAGAUCCAGACAAAAAGAAAAAUCUUCAUUUAUAAAUGAAAUAAAUAACGUAGCUUGUAGAGUUGACACUCAACAUAAGUUAUUGAAUGAAUUCCAUAGAAUGAAACUAGAAUUAAAAAUAACUAAAGACCGUGUGGAAGAAUGUACUGAACAAAGAAAACAACGCUAUACUGAAAUUCAUACAACAACUACAAUUGAAUCUAAAAAAUUUUCAACUUUAAAAAGACAACUAGAAUGUAGUCGAGGACUUUUAAAAGAACUAUUAAAAUACGAAAAAGAACAAGAAAUUACAUUUAAUAUUUGUAAUCAAAAAAAAUCUGAAACUAAACAAUACAAAAAAAAAUUAUUAAAUGAUCAACAAAAACAGGAUUUGUUAUUACUAUCUUUAACCCAAGAAAUUCUUCGAUUAGAAGAUCGUAUGAAACAAUUAGGUGAACAAGCAGAGACAAAAUAUAAUGAAAGAGAAGUUUUGAGACAAAAAGUUAUGAACAAUUCAACAGAGCUUGAUGCUAUUAAUGAAGAUAAUGCUAAAAUUACAUUAUUAUGGAAUGAUGUUUUAAUUAGUAUUCAGCAGUGUGAUAAAUGUUUUCUGAGGACAAAAAAUGAUUUGCAAGAAGCAAAAAAUAAGUAUCAUACAUUAUUAAUGGAAGCCAACAGUUACAAACGUAGUGCCAAAGAAGAAUUUCGUAAAAAUAAAGAUCUAUUCAAUUAUUUGAAUAAAUUGAAACGAGAACAAAAUAACUUACAAAAUAGUUUUAAAACUUGUUUGGAUAAGUUAAACUGCUUGAAAGAAGAAUAUUCUAAGCUAAUACAAAUGACAGAAUUUCAACAACAAAACUUAGAUCAAAUUACAUUAGAAUUAGUAUUAGUUGAAGUUGAAAACAAUUUAUCUAAAUCUUUAUUAAAACUAGAACAAUAUCGUACAACAAGUUCUAAUUUAGAACAUGAUAUAGAAGAAAACACUAAAUAUUUAAAUGAUCAAGGAUAUGAUUUAGUAAUGGAAACAAAAAAUAAAAAACUAGAUAAAGAAAUUGCAUCUUUAUCCAAAGAAGUUUAUCAGUAUAAACAAACACUUACAAAUAUGAGAAAUACAAUGUUGAAACUUAAUGAACAAUUUAGCCAAAAUAAAGGGAAGAGUAGUAUGCUUUUGAAUGAAAAUGAAUGGAUUCAGUGUUCUUAUUUAGCUGAAUUAAAGGUUAAUGUGAACACUAGAAUAAGUAAUGUUUUGCCCAAUUAUCCAUACAAAUAUAUAAAUAUUUACUAA